GCGUUGCCAACCUCAGUGCGGCUGCUGGGCCCCGGCUGGACGAUGGCCGCUGGCACCGGCUGGACCCCGCCAUGGACGGUUGCAUGCGGCGCUGGGAUUGGCUGAACCAGACAGUGGCCUGGGGUCAGGGGUCACCCGGGGGUCCCCCCAAACCCUGCUUCCACACCCUGCUCCCCGGCAGCUUCUUUGCAGGGGGAGGGGCCAUCUUCACAACUGCAGAUCUGGUGCCCGACCCCCCGGCCCCUGAGGGGGGCUGGGAGCUGGUGGUGGAGCUGGGGGUCCGGGCCCCCUCCCAGACCGGCCUCAUCCUGGCCAUCACAGACGCCAACGCCAGCCUGGUGCUCAGCCUCUCCCUGACGCCCACUGCCCUGACAUUGCGCCUGGACCAGGUGGGGCAGCUGAGCCUGCCUCUGCCCCUGGGCUGCCCCUGGCCAGUGGAUGCUGUGGGGCUGCACGUAGGGCCAGCCAGCCUCAGCCUGCGCCUCGGGGCCCAGCACACCUGCACCCCCCUUGCUGCACCUGCCUUGCGCCUCCGCACUGCCUGGACCAGCCCCCACGGCCGCCUGCACCUUGGGGCCCUGCCAGAGGCAGCAGAAGGGCCGGGCCCUUUCCAGGGCUGCCUGCAUGGGCUGCAGGUGCAGGGCCAAGAGCUAGACCUCGAUGCUGCCCUGGCCAAGAGCAAUGCCAUCUGGUCCCACGGCUGUCCUGGCAAUGGGGGUCACAGGGUUGGUUGUACCUGCCCCUAAUAAAGGGCUCCUGGCAACUGUGCCUGACUCCUGUGCGACUGUGCAUCUGGCUGUAGCUAGAGGGGUGCAGACUGUGUCUGGCUAUAUCUGGAGAGAGGUGGACUUUGUGUCCAGCUGUAGCUGGGGCUCCUCCAAUCAUGCAUCCAGUUGUAGCUGGUCUCCCCCCCACCACCUCCUGACUGUGUAUCCAGCUGUAGCCGGGGCUCCCCCAACCAUGUGUCCGGUUGUAGCUGGUCCUCCUCACCCCCGACUGUGCAUCUGACUGUAGCUGGGGGGUCUGACUGUGUAUUCAGCUAUAGCUGCAUGGCGGGGCCUGCAACUGUGUCUGGCUUUACCUGGGAGGGGGGUGUUGUGUGUCUGGUUGUUAUUGAGAGCUGUUAUGACUGCAACCAGUUGUAGCUGGGCCCAACUUUGGCUGUACCUGUGGGGUGGCUGGUUAUGACCGUGUCCAGCUGUUGCUGGAGAUGACCCCAACUGUAGCUGGGGGUGACUGUGUGUCUGGCUGUGUUCUGGCACAGUUGUACAUUGGGCUGCAACUGUCUCUCGGGGUGUAUCUGGGGGUGACUGUCACUAGGCAUCCGACUGAGACCAAAAGUUGUUGUGAUUGUGUAUCUGGCUGUUUCUGGGGGUGAUUCUGACUGUGCAUCUGACUGUCCUGGAAUGGUUGUACAUUAGGCUGCGGCUGUCUCUCAGGGUGUAUCUGGGGGUGACUGACCGGGGGUGGGGGUGUUUUGAAUGACUGUGACCAUGGGUUUGUCUGUGCCUUGGAGCAUUUGUGACCAGAAACAGUUGCGAUUGUUAGGUAAUGGCUGUAUCUGGGAGUGGUUGUGACUGUGGGUCAGGCUGUACCUGGGAGGGACUGACUGUAUGUCAAGCUGUGUCCUGGAACAAUUGUGAU